AUGGGGAACCAUCUUCUCCUCAUCCUUGCACUAUUUUAUGCAAAUUUCAACCUUCUAGUCGGUUGUGCUGCACAGUACAAACGUGAGCUCCGGUACCUGGACUACUAUUUGGGGAUAGCACCGUACGAUGAGGAGAGCAAGAUGCCAGUUCAAGGUCAGUUUUCGAGAGUUUAAUUCGUUUCGAAGCGAAAGUUUUGAGUUUUAGAGAAAUCUGCGCGUCUUGUCUAUUAAAGUUUGUCAUAUCUCAACUAAAAUUAGGCUCUACUACUCCUUAAUACAAUAACCAAUAGAAAAUAGAAUGAGAACUUCAUAGACAUGUUAUUAUUAUUCUGUCAAAGCCUGAAGUAUCAAAUUUCAAAGCGAUACGUUUUAAAACAUCACGAAAAUGACAAAACCUUAUGCAGAACCAUCUGAACAAGGUACAAAUCAAAUUACACUUCCUGCACUUACAUUACACAGUAAAGUGUAAAGUUUUAAUCGUUUCCAGAGUAUUACAAACAAUAAUGUCAACAUAUCGACCUAUCUAAUGUCUUUCACAAAACUCAGGUUACUGUAACUUUGAAAUAACAGUUUACACUGUCUUUUGUUACACGAGAAAGGUUUUUAAAUUUAAAAUCCAGACAUUGGCCUAAUAGUUUAGGUAAUAAAUGAAAAAAUGGCGAAAAACAUGAUCUAAAUGGUAUAGGGCUAAUAUAAUAAGUAACUUUAACCCGAUAGGCCUAGUUUUGUUAAAAAAUCUCCCGAAAAACAAAAAAAAAUAAUAAAUUAUGUUUUGCAGGUUUGUUAGAUAUUUUUUUACGAAAUAAACCCUAAUUUAUACGAUGAAACGUGUCCGCACAAAUGCGCCCAAAACAAUGUCAAAUUCCACAAUUUUUCCGUUUCUUUUGGCAAUUAAAAGUGAAAAGUAACUAAAAAUAUUAAAAAUUUCUAAAAAAAUCCUUUUUUUAACUUUCUAUCUUAUAAAUGUUAAAAUAUCGAAAAUUUCAGAAACCAAGAUCAACCAUUAUGUGGACAACGCCCUCAACCUGAACUGCAACUUCAGUCGGCCAUGUCUGUGGACCAAUGCCCCGACUGAUGAUCUGUUGGACACCUCGGACUUCUACCUCUUCAACAAGACCGACAUCAAGACCUUUCCCAUUCAAAUCCGGCCGGGAGACCCGACUCCGCCCGUCGGAACGUUGUUCGCCUUCGCUGGGAACACAACCCAAAAGGCACAGUCUGCCGUGCUUUUGAGUGCGCCGAUCGCGUGCCAAAACUCCGAAGGUGUACUCACGUUCAAGUUAGUUUUUUCGUAGCCGUCUGUAGAAAGUGCUAAUUAAGAGUUUGUAUGAUAGGGAAUGCAAUCAACGCAGGUUUAUUGUUAGAGCGGCCGGUUGGCGUGACAUAUAGGUGAAAAUUAUGGUGGUAAAGGAGAAGCGAGACGUGGUUUUAGAGAUUAAUAUUUGUAGCAUAGUAUAAGUGAUGUGUAUGUUUUUGGAUAAAUUCUAGAAAAGGUUAAUCUUGUUAUAGUGAUAUCACAUCUUUUCUCAAACUUUUCAAAACUUUUAAUGGUUUUAAGGAAAGGUUUAACAGGUAUUGUGAAAAGCUCUUAUAUAUCCGGUCUUUUAAAAAAGUUAUGACCAUUUGAAAAUGACCAAAAGUCAAAAACUUCGAUGGCGCCAAAAUGACCGUCAUUAUUCUUCAUUUAACCUUACAGUAAUAUAUUACUAUCAAAAAGUCUGUUAACAUAGUCAGUAACAAAACCGAUAAAUCUUGUGAGCGAUAACAAGAAAUGAUUGCAGAUACUGGUUAUACAACGCCGCCAGAGUAGAAGUCGUCGUGUUGAGGGUGAACACAUGGCACAAUCAUCUUCAAGUGAUAAGUCGGCCCCAGAUGGACUGUUACUUCCUCAAGACCAAUGAGAUAUGUCGCGUUGAGAUUGGCAGAAUGAGUGAGCCAUUUAGGCUCGGAAUCAGGGUGUUUUCUUUGCGAGACCCAAGCGUGGGAUCGUUUGGAAUGGUAAAUGAUAUUCAUUACAAGGGAAACCUGUGUGGAGAGCAUGGUAUGUUAGGUUUUUCUAUUGUUUUUAGCUCAAUAUGAUAUUUAGUUGAAAUUCCAAAAAUAUUUCUAAAAGGUUUAUUUUGUUGCGUUACCUAUAUCCCGAAUAUAGUGAUGAUGACAUUAAUUAGAUAAACAAAACUACUUUCAGAUAAGCCGUCGUUGUUUGGCGGUGUACCUCUAACGCAUCCUUUAAUGAAACACCAAAUAACGACCGGCUCUCAGCUCAACUGUGGGGAGGACUUCCACUCUUGUCUUUGGUCGACCGCCGCCCCCGUUCAGAACAGUGAACUCAAUAGUAACAUUGACGAAAACUCUUUGCAUUGGCAAGUCGGAUCGAACAUAAGACGUUGGGAAGACAUACUACGGUUACCUACCCGGCCAGAGGGUGAAUUCUUGUUCCAGUAUGUGGAUCCAAUGGCACAGCUACCAUUACCUACAUUGAGAUCGGUCUAUGUACCUUGUACUCAGACUAGUGCUUCACUGACGUUCAGGUAGGUAUAUAGUAUGGUUUGACUAACCCAGACAUUAAUUUAGAUUCUGGAUGAGUCCAGGAAUCCAAGCCCAAGUUUGCACGUACGGAAGAGAUAACGUACAACUAAGCUGUGUAUAUCUUGAGUUAUCAGAUUCACCAGGACCCUUAACGAUAGAUAUUGACAGUGCUGAUGGUAACCCAUUUGCUGUAAGUUUUGCUUUUGUUUCAUGUAGGUAUCUAUAUCAUGUCCUUAUCUCUAUAUAAUAUGAGCACUAUGGCAAAUCUGAAAUACAACUGUCAUAUUAUUGUAUACCAUUGUAAUAAGGGAAUUUUCAGUUUUCGUUCGAAGUGAUUCAAUUCAGUCGGACGAGUGGUGGUGUCAUUGUCAUCGAUGACAUUCAGUUUACUGGAGUUUUGUGUAAUGAAGAAGUGCCUACAACUACAGUAUCUCCUCUGAAUUUGGCUGCAGAAUUUGAUAUUCAACCUUUCCCAGAAGUUGGCCCAGCCUUCUCUGACAGUCUUAACUGUGAUUUCGAAACUGACAGAUGUACCCAUUGGACUAAUGAGGAAACACAAUUUAUGUACGGAUUCAUACCAUCAAAUGCCGCUGAAGUCAAUGUUUCGUAUCGAGGUAAGUAAUAUUAUAUUAUAUUUGAUGAUUGUUGCUGUGUAUUUGCCUUUGCUGGUGAUAGAAGAACUGAGACGAUAUUAUCCAUGAAACUUCCAGGCUACGCUGCCAUUGCCUUAUUCGCAGAAGCCGACAUGUCGGCCGAACUAAUAUCAGAAGUGGUAUCUUGUGCUCACGGUGGUCGAUUCAUGGUCGAGUAUCAAACCUCAGACAACGCUACACUGAGUGUGUGUGCCAAUGAACGGUGUAUACCCCAGAGGAUGAGUGCUGGACAGCUGGCUGUCAAUUUGACUUCCACGAAACCCUUUAGGAUACGAUUGUUGGCCGAAUCUCACGGUCAAUCACUGGUGAUUGUGAAGAGGAUGAGCACGAGUGAAGAUGGAUGGUGUCCGUUGGAGUCGCCGACACAAUUGGCUUGUAAAGCAUUGCAAUGUGAAUUCCGAAGUAAGUUUUUUGUCUGAUGUGUAGGAAAAGCGUGAAUUCCAUGUUUUAUUACCAAAAAUACGACCGUUUCUUUAGAUCACCGUCUCUGUGGCUACCGCAGUGUAAUCCUCUCCAACGACGACACCCCCUUUGUGUCGCAUCAGACAGCUGGAGCUCGUGUUCGUCUUGGCGUCAAUUCGAAGCGUGCCAUUCUCCGAUCGCCCAACUUUGAACUCUCCAGCCCUGUAGAGCUUCGUUUCGCGGCUUCAUUGUCAACGUUCGGCUCCAAACUCUACGUUUGUGCUGAUGAAGAUGCGGCUGAAGAUCUGGCAUCAUGUGAACUUGUUCUUGGUCCAAAAGUGGAGCGAAGUAAGAUGGAGCACGUGUUGGUGCAGUUGGAUCACGAGAUCCGACAGUUCGCUUUCGUAGCGAUUCACGAUAAGGCGGAACAAUUCGGGGACGCCGAACUGAUAAUCAGCCGAAUACAGAUCACGGACUCGAACGGCGAUCUUAUUUGUUAA